AUGAGCAAGGCGAUUCAUUUACGCAACGAUAAUCUGGAAUUCACCACUCAGUCUGCCAACCCCCAGUUGCUUUUCGCGAUGAUGCCUGGCAGGGAAUUUGGGAAUGCAAAGGGCUCCGGCAAAAAGGAAGCCAACCAAAGGAUGGUUGGAAGUUUGAGGGUGCCUAUGGUGGAGGCUAUUUCACGCACAUCCGUACCACGCCCUCAAUGCUCUGUGACCACCUCACCUCCCUGUGCGGAGGUCCACGGUUCAGAGUGUCACGAGCAGCCAUUGACGGAAAGGGGCCUAGUGGAUGCAUUCGGGGGGUCAAUCAAACCGCAUGGGACGCUGCGCGCGGAGGCAGAAGCAACAUUAACAGACUUGUGGAGAGCUCUGCAACUCAGCACGGUUCUUUCCCUAGGGAUCGGGGGUACAGUGGUACCAUACGCGCAAGCAACGCGGGGACGGCCAGUGGAUCAAACACAGCAGGGCCAGGAAUGCAGAGCAGAUGGCCAGGCUGCACAUAGUGUUGUGCGACUCGGUUCAUGCUGUAGCAAGUGA